AUGGAUAAUAUUAAAAUUCCAACCCGUGUUGAGGAGGCAUUUAAUGAUCCAAAGUGGGCUGAAGCCAUGAAUAUUGAAAUGGAGGCAUUGCAAAAAAAUAAUACAUGGGACAUUGUUGAUCUACCAAAGGGAAAGAAGCAUGUAGAAUGCAGAUGGGUGUUUACAGUUAAAUAUAAUGCAGAUGGUACUGUGGAGAGGUACAAGGCAAGAUUAGUAGCUAAAGGGUUCACUCAGACAUAUGGAGUUGAUUGUCAUGAUACUUUUGCACCUGUGGCUAAGAUGAAUACUGUCAGAGUUUUGUUGUCCUUAUCAGUAAACUUGGAUUGGACCCUGAGGCAAUUUGAUGUAAAAAAUGCAUUCUUACAUGGUGAACUAGAAGAAGAAGUGUACAUGAGUCUUCCACCAGGGUAUAGGGUUACCGGUGAAACGGGGAACGUGUGCAAAUUGAAAAAGGCGUUGUACGGGAAGUAUGUCAUGGACCUACUAGCAGAUACUGGAAUGCUUGAUUGUAAACCAGUUGAUACACCUAUUGUUGAGAAUCAUAAACUUGGUGUUUAUGUGGAUCAGGUCCCAACUAACAGAGAAGAUACCAAAGAUUAUGCAGGGAAUAUUACAGAUAGACGUUCUACAUCAGGUUACUUCACCUUUGUUGGUGGUAACCUAGUUACGUGGCGUAGCCAGAAGCAAAACAUUGUGUCUCGGUCCUCCGCAGAAUCUGAGUUCAGAGGGAUUGCCCAAGGACCGAAUGCUGCUACAAAGCUCCACUGUGAUAAUCAGUCUGCAUUUGAAAUUGCUAACAAUCCGGUGCAACAUGAUCGAACUAAGCAUGUAGAAGUUGAUCGACAUUUUAUUAAGGAGAAGCUGGAGCAUAAGUUAAUUUCCAUACCUUUUGUGCCUUCUUCAGAGCAGCUUGCAGAUAUGUUGACCCAUACCGUGUCCAAGCACCGAUUUGAAGACUCACUUGACAAGUUGGGCAUUACCAAUAUCUAUGCACCAACUUGA